GAGCGAGCGAAAGGUGUACUGGGCCGAGGCCCGCGAUGCGGCCGGCGGGAGCAGCGGCAGUCGCGGGGUCGCCGGCGCGGGACAUGUCGCUGUGCGGGGAGCCGCUGCAGGCCCCGCCGCCCCCGCCCUCGCAGCCGCCUCCGGUCGUGCCCUCGGGACCGCCGCUCUCCGCAACGGCCGGCGCGACCCUCAACCGCCUUCCGGAGCCGCUGCUGCGGAGGCUCAGCGGGAGCCUGGACCGCGCGCCCGAGGGCCGGGGCUGGAGGAGGCUGGCCGAGGUGGCGGGGAGUCGGGGGCGCCUCCGGCUCAGUCGUCUGGACUUGGAGCAGUGUUCUCUUAAGGUCUUGGAGCCUGAAGGAAGCCCAAGCCUAUGUUUGCUGAAGCUAAUGGGUGAGAAAGGUUGUACGGUCAUGGACUUGAGUGAUUUCCUGCAGGCUAUGGAACACACUGAAGUUCUUCAGCUUCUCAGCCCCCCAGGAAUAAAGAUCACUGUAAACCCAGAAUCAAAGGCAGUUUUGGCUGGACAGUUUGUGAAACUGUGUUGCCGGGCAACUGGACAUCCUUUUGUACAGUAUCAAUGGUUCAAAAUGAAUAAAGAGAUUCCAAAUGGAAAUGCAUCAGAGCUUAUUUUUAACACAGUGCACGUAAAAGAUGCAGGCUUUUAUGUCUGUCGGGUUAAUAAUCACUUCACCUUUGAAUUCAGCCAGUGGUCACAGCUGGAUGUUUGUGAUGUCACAGAAGUCACAGAAAGCUUCCGGGGAAGUUUGGAUGGCGUCUCUGAAUCUAAGUUGCAAAUCUGUGUUGAACCAAGGUCCCAAAAGCUGAUGCCUGGCAGCACAUUGGUCUUACAGUGUGUUGCUGUUGGAAGCCCUAUUCCUCACUACCAGUGGUUCAAAAAUGAAUCGCCAUUAACACAUGAGACAAAAAAGCUGUACAUGGUGCCCUAUGUGGAUUUGGAACAUCAAGGAACCUAUUGGUGUCAUGUAUAUAAUGAUCGAGACAGUCAACAUAGCAAGAAGGUAGAAAUCAUCAUAGGAAGAACAGAUGAGGCAGUGGAGUGCACUGAAGAUGAAUUAAAUCAUCUUGGGCAUCCUGAUAAUAAAGAACAAACAGCUGACCAACCUUUGGCAAAGGACAAGGUUGCUCUUUUGAUAGGAAAUAUGAAUUACUGGGAGCACCCCAAGCUUAAAGCUCCUUUGGUGGAUGUGUAUGAAUUGACCAACUUGUUGCGACAGCUAGAUUUCAAAGUUGUUUCGCUGUUGGAUCUUACUGAAUACGAGAUGCGUAAUGCUGUGGAUGAAUUUUUACUACUUCUAGACAAAGGAGUAUAUGGAUUAUUAUAUUAUGCAGGACAUGGUUAUGAAAACUUUGGGAACAGCUUUAUGGUCCCUGUUGAUGCUCCAAAUCCAUAUAGGUCUGAAAAUUGUCUCUGUGUACAAAAUAUACUGAAAUUGAUGCAAGAAAAAGAGACUGGACUCAAUGUGUUCUUGUUGGAUAUGUGUAGGAAAAGAAAUGACUACGAUGAUACCAUUCCAAUCUUGGAUGCACUAAAAGUCACUGCCAAUAUUGUGUUUGGAUAUGCCACGUGUCAAGGAGCAGAAGCUUUUGAAAUCCAGCAUUCUGGAUUGGCAAAUGGAAUCUUCAUGAAAUUUUUAAAAGAUAGAUUAUUAGAAGACAAGAAAAUUACUGUGUUACUGGAUGAAGUUGCAGAAGAUAUGGGUAAAUGUCACCUUACCAAAGGCAAACAGGCUCUAGAGAUUCGAAGUAGUUUAUCUGAAAAGAGAGCACUUACUGAUCCAAUACAAGGAACAGCAUAUUCUGCAGAAUCUCUGGUGCGGAAUCUCCAGUGGGCCAAGGCACAUGAACUUCCAGAAAGUAUGUGUCUUAAAUUUCAGUGUGGUGUUCAGAUCCAAUUAGGAUUUGCAGCUGAGUUUUCCAACGUCAUGAUAAUCUACACGAGCAUAGUCCACAAACCACCCGAUAUAAUAAUGUGUGAUGCCUAUGUUACUGAUUUUCCACUGGACCUAGAUAUUGAUCCAAAAGAUGCAAAUAAAGGGACACCUGAAGAAACUGGCAGCUAUUUAGUAUCAAAGGAUCUUCCCAAGCAUUGCCUCUAUACCAGACUCAGUUCACUGCAGAAGUUAAAGGAACAUCUAAUCUUCACAGUAUGUUUAUCGUAUCAGUACUCAGGAUUGGAAGAUACCAUAGAGGAAAAGCAGGAAGUGAAUGUUGGGAAACCUCUCAUUGCUAAACUAGACAUUCAUCGAGGUUUAGGAAGGAAAACUUGCUUUCAAACUUGUCUGAUGUGUAACGGCCCUUACCAGAGCUCUGCCGCCACCUCACCGGAAGCUGGACAUUAUCAUUCAUCUCAAGACUCAUUCCGUGGUGUUUACCAUUCACAUCUUGGUAAUUCAAGUAACAUUCUGCCAUCAGACAUUUGUCGUUGCAGCCGGACUGCAGAUGCAUUUCUUGCAAGUCAUCAGACCCACCAUUAUUCAUGUCAAUUUGGUAGAAGUAAUGUGCCAGUAGAAACAACUGAUGAAAUACCAUUCAAUUUCUCUGACGGGCUCAGAAUUUCUGAAAAGUGACCUCCUUGUUUUUGAAAGUUAUCAUAAUCACUAGAUGCCUCAUAUACAGCAGUACUUAGAUAAAGUGAGGUAUUGUGAAAAAGCAAAUAUGUAUAUGUAGAGAGAGAAAAUGAAUAACAGCUAUUUCAUGGCCAACUCGGGACUUUGAGAUGUUGGAAUUGUAUUUUUUAACCACAGACAUCCUCUUCCUCUUCUUUCUCUUUUAAGAUUUUGUGAAUUGGUUAAUUUGUUCUGUAAGAGUGAAGUAUGGAUGUGUAUAUGUUUAUAUACAAAUAUAACAAAAAUAUUUUCAUUUUGACCACUCUUAAGUAAGAAUAGUGGGAAUGGCAUUAUUGUAGAAUAAGUCAUUGUAUUUUUAGAACCAGAAAAAGAACCUUGGUGAUCAUCAAGCUUAACCUAAUUUUAUCAAUGGGAGAAACAGAUUUUUUAAGUUAGAGCUGGCACCAGAAGUGAGACCUCCAGAUUUCUAUUCCAAUGUUUAUUCCGCUACACACUGCCUUCUUGCCUGACAGGUUCUGAGGCAGGUAUUAAUUUUGUAGAUAGAGUUAAACAUACAUAUGUUGGGCCAGCCCCGUGGCUUAGUUAAGUGCAUGCACUGCGCUACUGGCGGCCUGGGUUCGGAUCCCGGGCGCGCACUGACGCACCACUUCUCCGGCCAUGCUGAGGCCGCAUCUCACAUACAGCAACU